CUGUUAUAACAAAAAAGUGUUUGCUUUUUUUCACAAAUAACUUUAAAAGUGUAGUUUAGAAAGAAAACAUUUUCAAUAAAAAGACACAACAUUAAUCCUGGAUGCUUGCAAAUCCUAAAAUAUAUUCCUCCUUUAGUAUUACACAGCUCUGUGUAUACACAGAUUAGCUUUAAAAUUUGUCACAUUCCACUUUGCCUUUACUUUUAUGUAUCAUUCCCCUGACUUCCUUACUGCAGGUUGGGCAAGAAAACUUUUCCUUUAAAACUUUUCAACAGCGGGCAUAAAAUUCUGCAGCUGAGGUCUUGAAGAAUGCAGAUGGGAGACGAAACCAGACAGAGGGUCAAGUUUACAGAUGACCGUGUCUGCAAGAGUCACCUUCUGGACUGCUGCCCUCAUGAUAUCCUGGCUGGGACGCGCAUGGAUUUAGGAGAAUGUACCAAAAUCCACGACUUGGCCCUCCGAGCAGAUUAUGAGAUUGCAAGUAAAGAAAGGGACCUGUUUUUUGAAUUAGAUGCGAUGGAUCACUUGGAGUCCUUUAUUGCUGAGUGUGAUCGGAGAACUGAGCUUGCCAAGAAGCGGCUGGCAGAGACCCAAGAGGAGAUCAGUGCAGAAGUUUCUGCAAAGGCAGAAAAAGUACAUGAGUUGAAUGAAGAAAUAGGAAAACUUCUUGCUAAAGCUGAGCAACUGGGAGCUGAGGGAAAUGUGGAUGAAUCCCAGAAGAUUCUUAUGGAAGUGGAGAAAGUCCGUGCAAAGAAAAAAGAAGCUGAGGAAGAAUACAGAAAUUCCAUGCCUGCAUCCAGUUUUCAACAGCAGAAGCUGCGUGUCUGUGAGGUCUGUUCGGCCUACCUUGGUCUCCACGACAAUGACCGUCGUCUUGCGGACCACUUCGGGGGCAAGUUACACUUGGGGUUCAUUCAGAUCCGAGAGAAGCUUGAUCAGUUGAGGAAAACUGUGGCUGAAAAGCAGGAGAAGAGAAAUCAGGAUCGACUGAGGAGGAGAGAGGAGAGAGAGCGGGAGGAGCGACUGAGCAGGAGGUCUGGAUCAAGAACCAGAGAUAGAAGGAGGUCACGCUCCCGGGAUCGGCGUCGCAGGAGGUCCAGAUCUACCUCCAGGGAGCGACGAAAGUCGUCCCGAUCCCGGUCCCGAGACAGACACCGGCGCCACCGCAGCCGUUCCCGCAGCCACAGCCGGGGCCACCGCCGGGCUUCCAGGGACCGGAGUGCGAAAUACAAGUUCUCCAGAGAACGGGCACCAAGGGAGGAGUCCUGGGAGCAUGGGCGCAGUGAGCGAGGGGCUGCUGACUGGAGGCUGGAGAGCUCCAAUGGGAAGACAACUUCGCGGAGGUCAGAGGAAAAGGAGGCUGGCGAAAUCUGAACCUGCAUCCGGGCCUGUAAAUAGUCUGAUAAACAUUCAACACAGCCUAAAGUUACUCUUUAUAUUUGCUGAAUACAACUCAUCUUUUGUAGUUUACAAUUUCUAUUGUUUUGGAGCUCGCUGUGAAUUUCUAGCGAUGUACAGAGUUGCUCCUGUGUUCUGGGGUUCUGUUGAGUAGGAAUAAAUAAAUCUGACAGACGGCCUCCU